GCGAACUUGAACUUGGAUUUUGUGGCUUUACAAAACACACCUAUCAUUUCUUCCUCGAAGCUAACCUCACUUACCUGAAGAUGCUCAGUCUGCUACAGUUUUCGGUCAAAAGAUCCAUUUCUGUGGGCACUGCAAGACCCGUAUCAUCGAGUUCUAUGAUGUACAGAAUACGGCUAAUGUCAACUGCAUCGGACUCUUCAUCGAUAUCAGAUACGCCAAAGUCCAAACCAAAAGCCAGUACUCCGCUCCGCCGGUCAGCUUCUGCCUCCUUGCCAAUCAGGUCAAACCCUACACCGACUCGUGGUUCAAUUCAGCCAGUAUUUACCCUCGCCACGGCUGAACGUUAUCUUUUCUCGCGUCUACGUCCAAACCUUCCAGCAGGUUCACACGCGCUGCACGAAGCUUGGUGGGUACCUCGCUGGGGGGACGGGGAGCGGGAGGGCGAGAUUUUCUUGUUUGCAAAUGGGAGUUUUGUCUGCUGGGGAUUAGGAGAGGAGGAUGCCAGGAAAUUCGCGAAAGAAGUCAUUACAAGGAGCGAGGGCGCAGAACUCGGUCCUCUGAAAGAAGCGGAAACAGAAGAGCUGGAAUUUGUGACAGACCCUACAGAAAAGACAAGGUUACAGGGCGAUCUUAUAAUACUGGGUCGCGUCGCUCCCCUCGAAUCAACUGAUAACGCUCCGACUAUCCCAACCAAUGUACCUGUCUUCCCUCAAGAAACGCUCCUUGCGCGAUAUGCUUUCUCGCAAGCCUUAUCGAGGUCUACUGCCCUCUCAGCUCUUGAAGUCUCCCUCGAUGAUUAUCUUUCUUCCGUCGCGCUCCUUCCGCAUUCUCUCGAGAAGACGGGCAAACCUGGGCUUGCAAGGACAGCUUUGAUUAAGAAGCUUGGCGCACUGAUGAAGUUUAGGCAAGGAUUAAAUUUGAACCGCGAGAACUUCUCGGAUACACCUGAUUUUUACUGGGCUGAGCCGGAGUUGGAAGGUUACUUCAAGUCCAUAAUCAACGCACUGGAAGUAAAAACCAGAACUAGUUCAGUCAACGAUAAAAUCACCUAUGCGGCUGAGGUGCAAUCGACAUUGCGACAGUUAUUAACUGAAUCUUCCGGACACCGUAUGGAACUUGUUAUCAUCGCGCUUAUUGCAGUUGAAGUCGUCAUUGCCUUAAUUCGAGAUGGUCCCGAGUUAUGGCAUAUGGUUUUUGGAUCCGAGUCUCAUGAACUCGAAACCGAAACUCAAAAGAACUAAUGAUCAUCAGUUGUCUACAGAUAUCAUUCAUGAUUUAAGCUUGAGGUGUCACUAUAACACCCACUCGAGAUCUAUAGGUAUACAGUGCUCGGCGGAAUAGAUGGAUCAAUAGAUGUACUAUUUACCAAAAUGCAUUACUAACUGCUUACUCCCAACUCCACAUACGAAAUAUGACUUGACAAUCACACCUUACACUUUCAUAUCAUCUGUAUAUUUAUCUAGAAUUCCAUCUUCCUCAUUCGCCGUGAUUUCGUUUGUCGACCUCGAGUCCGACGUCUCUUUAGCGAGCAAUGUCGACUAUCAUAAAGCUAUGCAUGUAAUUAUACAGGAAAUUGCUUAAGGUGAGAAGAAAGAUUGGAGGCCUUGCAGCCAGUUCGUGUGUCAUCGUUUUCUUUAUGCUUCACGUAUUCGCCAACAAACUCGGAUAACUCGUCGUUUAUUCCCCUCUCUUCGAGGAAGCUGGUG